UAUUGAUUAGUUUGAUUAGAUUAAUUUAGUUGAAAUGGAUGUUCAAUUGAUUCAAGAAAUUGAAUUACAAAAUCAAAAUUGGAGAACAGCUCAGCGCACUGUCCUUAAUGAUUUUUCAGAUGUUGAAUGUCUUCAUAAAUUUCGAUUACCGCUGCAUAAAAUAUCAGAAAUUAUUAACACUCUAAAUGAUGAUUUGUCUCCAAUAACAGAUAAAAACAAUUCUAUUUCAACAGAAACCAAAGUUCUUGUUGCGCUAAGAUUUCUAGCAACAGGAAGCUUUCAAAAUACUAUUGGAGACACUUCUAAAAUAAGCCAGACAAGCACCAGUAGAACAAUUCAUCAGUUUUGUAAAUAUUUUAUUCAACACUAUAGCUACCUUGUAAAAUGGUACAGUAGCCAAGAGGAAAUGGCUGAAGUAAAAAAAAGAUACUUUAAAGCUUGUGGAGUUAAAGGUCUUUUGGGCCUAAUUGACGGUACAAUGGUGCCUAUCAAAGGAGUCACUGGGGCUGAUGAGCCAGCUUUUAUUUGCAGAAAGGGCUAUUCUGCUAUAAAUUGCCAAUUUGUUGUUGAUCCAGACGGACAGUUCCGAGAUGCUGUUAUCAAAUUUCCAGGAUCAUGUCAUGACGCUUUUAUUUAUUCAAAUUCAACUUUGAAACAGACAUUGGAGGUUGAUCCAGCUUCAGGGUUUCUUUUUGGUGAUUCAGGCUAUGGGUUAUCACCUGUCAUGAUAACUCCAUUUAGUCCUCCAUUGAACCCUGAAGAAAUAUUAUUCAACAAAAUCCACUCAAGGGUUCGAAGUGAAAUAGAACGUUGUUUUGGACGUCUUAAAAACCGAUGGAGGUGUCUACAUAAAAGUGGUGGAACACUUCAGUAUACCCCAUCCAAGUGCUGCUCAAUAAUUUUUACUUGUGUAAUACUCGAAAACAUGUGCAAUUCACUUGGUUUAGAAGAUCCAGACAACAUAGAAGUUGUUGAGGAUGCAGUUGAUAGCAACACUGAAGAUAAUGGCAACUGUUUUAGUGUCGGUCAAAGACAAACCAACCAACUUCGACUUGGUAUAAUUAGAAGAGAUAAUUUAAAAAACUAUUUGUUUGCAAAUAGACAUCAUUGUGUAUCAUGAAUAAUAGAUAUCAAUGUGUAUCAUGAAUUACAGACAUCAAUGUGUAUCAUAUUGUAUUUAAAAGAUAAACUUGUUUUAUGUAAAAAUUAAAAUCUUUUAUGGAGAAAGAAACAUUUCAUUAAA